AUGGAUCAUGCUGCUAUAGUCGAUGAAAAUCAGACUAAUAUUACCAGAAAGCGACAUCCAUGGAGACACUCGAAGAUUCACAUAGCUGUUCCACACAAAUGGGACAUGGUCGAGCUGUUCUUCGGUUACUAUUGCGCAACAUUUAUUUAUGGUGUAGCUUUAUGGGUCUACAUCUUCCUAUGGAACAAGCCUGAAGGUUGGGAAGGCGGCAUCAUGGGUCUUAGUCAUGUCAUGGCCAUUUGUUGA